ACCCCAGACGGGCUGAGCGCACACGGAGCGGCGCCAUGCAGUACCCACAGACCCACGGCUAGCCUGCAGAAAUGCCUCCCGAAGACCUCGACCCACCCCGGAAUGCUCGGUCCUGGGCGCGCGCCGUCGUCUCAAUCCGCUCAUAAAUGACGCGAAGAGGGAAUGAGUGCGGGAAAAUGGCGAGGUUCUGAGUGCUACUUUCCAGUUUCGCUCGGCGUAGCGUGGCAGAGAGGCAGCGGGUCGUUUCCAAAGUUGUCGGUUAGCAGGACGCGUGUGAAGGAUCGGAAUUAAAGGAGCAGUACACCGGCUGUACCCUCAAACAUGGAGAAGCAGCAGAGCGACUUGGAUCGGGACCGACAGUACUGUGAACUUUGUGGGAAAAUGGAGAACCUCCUCAAGUGUGGUAGGUGCCGGAACUCCUUCUACUGCAGCAAGGAGCACCAGAAACAGCACUGGAAGAUGCACAAGCUGAUUUGUAAGGAGGCGGACAAGGCGCAGCUGUCCAAACAGAAACCCGGGCAGGCUGCGCCGUCGGGGGAGGACGGGGCACCGGAGAAAUGCCAAGAGAAGAAGAGCAGCCCCGAGCCGGCGGACAGUGCUGCUUCGCCCCCGAGAGCCACAAACACGGACGCACCGGAGGUCGGCGACAGGGCGGGAGAAGAGGGGUCCAACAACACCGCCACCACACCUAACGGACAGACCAGCUCAUCCCCUCAGAAACUUGCCACGGAGUACAUAGUCCCGUGCAUGAACAAGCACGGCAUCUGCGUGGUGGACAACUUUUUAGGAGCCGACACCGGCCUGGGCAUUUUGGAUAAUGUCAAGGCUCUGCACAAAACCGGCAGGUUCACGGACGGGCAGCUGGUGAGUCAAAAGAGCGACUCCACUAAAGACAUCCGAGGGGACAAAAUCACGUGGAUAGAGGGGAGGGAGCCCGGCUGCGAGAAGAUACUCUUUCUAAUGAGUCGCAUGGACGACCUGAUCAGACAUUGUAAUGGCAAACUGGGAAACUACACGAUUAAUGGAAGGACAAAAGCAAUGGUGGCAUGUUACCCCGGAAACGGGACAGGCUACGUGCGCCAUGUGGAUAACCCCAACGGUGAUGGACGGUGUGUCACAUGCAUAUAUUACCUUAAUAAAGAUUGGAAUGCCAAGGAACAUGGUGGCCUUCUUCGAAUCUUCCCAGAAGGAAAGGCCCAGUUCGCCGACAUAGAGCCAAAAUUCGAUCGUCUGCUGUUGUUCUGGUCUGACAGGCGGAACCCUCACGAGGUUCAGCCCGCUUUCACCACAAGGUAUGCUAUCACAGUGUGGUAUUUUGACGCAGACGAGCGUGCCCGAGCUAAAGAAAAGUACUUAACAGGUGCGGGAGAAAAAGGAGUCAAAGUGGAACUUGGCAAAUCAUCAGACCCGAGCUAGGGGGAUGCCUGCACCCCCCUGCGAACAGCCUUUAAGUGCUCUGUCCUAAGAAAGUGGCCUAUAGAGAGCAUGUGUGUGUGUUUUACAUGGCAAAACAGCAGACAUUUCCUUGAGAAGGUGACCGUUUCGUGCUUAUGGAGACAAAACAAACAUUGAUUUCUGUUCAUUUUCAGCCAACCUUGGUAACCCAGCGGACCUUGAAUGUCAUAACAUUGUACUGAAAGGGAUUGUAUGUUGUUGUUUUUUUGUUUUUUUUGUUUUUGUUUUUGUUUUGUUUUUUCUUUUCACCUCCUCGGUGGAGAGUGCUUACAGCUGACACUUUCAGAAAAUCACUUCAAACAGGAAAUGAGUUCAGAUAAAAUCUUCAUCUUUUCUAUAUCGCAGUUAAUUCCUUAAAGGUACAGUGUUCUGCAUAUGCGUCAUGUGUUAUGCUUUUCACAUGGAAUCGGCUGUUAUAAUAAGCUACUGUAUGUGCUUGAGUUUGCAAUAAUUCGAGGAAUGAUCUGAAUUAAAAACACACUUUUUCUGACAGAAAA